CUACGGAGUACAUUCCAAAUCGUCUAUUGCUCUCACUUCCCCCGUAAGUUGCAGGAUAUUAGCCCCAUGUUAUUUUCAAGAAUCAAAUCGCUCAGGCCUCUGCAAUUCCCCAAAGCUUCCGUUCACUUCUCUUCACCAAUUCCCUUUCCCGCUAUUCCCCUUCAAGAUAAAGUAGCGACCUCCAUUCCCCAUCCAACUGUGAAAUCACUCUCACAUCUUCUAAAACAGCGCCCACCCAUAUCUCAGAUCAAGCAAAUUCAUGCUCGAGUUGUAUCAUUGUCACUCUCUUCCCACUCUUCACUUACCGACUCUCUAAUCCACUGCUAUCUAUUCGCCAAAGAUCUUUCAUCUUCUAAAGCCCUGUUCGACAAUUACCCUUUACCCUCACCGCCAGUCUUGAUAUGGAAUCUCAUGAUCCGAGCCUACUCCAAGCUUCAAGAUUCUCCAGAACCCAUAAAUUUAUUCCGCAAAAUGGCAGCUUUAGACCCCCCUUUCCGGGUUGUUCCAGAUGACUACACGUUCACUUUCCUCAUCUCAUCAUGUUCCCGCCAAGCGUGGUUGGUGCAUGGUGCAACUGUCCAUGGGCUGGUGAUGAAAAAUGGGUAUGCAUCGAAUUUGUAUGUCUCCAAUUCGUUGGUUAACAUGUAUGGAAUUUUCAAUAGAACAGACGAUGCUUGCAUGGUUUUUGAUGAAAUGCCAGAGAGAGAUGUGUUCUCAUGGACCAGUUUACUGGGUGCCUUUGCCAAAAAUGGAAAGAUGUGGCAUGCAGGUCAAGUGUUUGGUAAAAUGCCAGUGCGAGAUGAUGUUUCUUGGGUUGUUAUGCUUUCUGGUUUUGUUGGUAGUGGAAGGUACAUGGAAUGUCUAAGGUAUUUUCGUGAUAUGUUGUCUCGGUGUGAGCUUAAUGUAAAGCCUAAUGAGGCCGCUCUUGUUUGUGCCAUCUCUUCUUGUGCUCAUAUGGGGGCAUUGGAACAGGGUAAGUGGAUUCACACUUACAUCGAUAAAAGUGGGAUCCCAUAUACCGCGAAUGUGUUAAGUGCUCUUAUUGAUAUGUAUGCAAAAUGUGGUAGGAUAGGUUGUGCAGAAUUAGUAUUUAACAAAAUAACAAGGCCGAAUGUUCACAAUUUUACGACUCUGAUAUGUGGGCUAUCUAUUCAUGGUCUCGGUAAAGAUGCCAUCAAUUUUUUUUACCAGAUGUUAGAUGCAAAUAUCAGUCCAAAUGAGGUGACCAUUUUAGGAGUCUUAAAUGGUUGCAGCCAUUCUGGCCUUGUUGAACAGGGUUCAUAUGUCUUCUAUAAUAUGGAGACUUUAUGGGGGAUUGAGCCCAAGAUUGAGCACUAUGGCUGUUAUGUUGAUUUACUUGGCCGUGCUGGCUACUUGGAGAAGGCUUUUGAAGUAAUCCGAAGCAUGCCAAUUGAGCCUGAUAUCGUUUUAUGGAGGGCUUUGCUCAGUGCAUGCAGGACCCAUCGUAAUUCUGAUUUUGGAGAGAGCAUUAUAGACUAUAUUAAGGGCCUUGCUCCAUCUGCAUCUAGUGUAGGUGAAGUGCUUCUUUCAAACUUGUAUGCUUCUCUAGGUAAAUGGGAGAGAGUUGCUCAACUGAGGGAGACAAUGACUGAGAGGAAAAGUCGGUCUGAUAUUGGAUGUAGCUGGAUUGAGGUUAAUGGCAUUGUUCAUGAAUUUCGUGUUGCAGAAAAGUUGCAUCCACAGAUUUUAGAUAUUCUUGAAAAAUUAAAAGAAGUAUUGCAAAAGGCUCACGAAGUAGGCUAUGUUGCUAGUACCAUGCACAUUUCAUUUGAUAUUAUUGAAGAGGAGAAGGAACAUGCCAUCGCCUGGCACAGUGAGAAGCUAGCUGUUGCAUUUGGACUGAUGAGUACUAUACCUGGGACUGCUAUACGAAUUGUCAAAAAUUUAAGAACAUGCGAGGAUUGUCAUUCUGCUUUGAAGGCAGUUUCAAAAGUUUAUGAAAGAGAGAUUAUUGUGAGAGACCGCUCACGCUUCCACACUUUCCAAGGAGGAAGUUGCUCAUGCAAUGACUAUUGGUAGCUUUUACAUUUCAGUGCGGAAAGUAUUUGAUCUGAGCAGAGAACGAGGAAGAUCAUUGCUAUCAACAAGAUACUAGGAGAAGUGUGUAUACUAGAAUUGUGUAUACUAGAAGUGUUGACUUCACUCCUUGCAUAAUUGGAGAUGUGUCACCGGCAAUUAUGCAAAUCAAACCUCAUCUGGCCGAAGGGACCCUCAUGAAUGGUGCGACAAUCUCAGGUAUCUGUUUUCAGUUAUUCAGCUUGAUAUUUACAGUGUGAGGUGUGUAGGCUCUAAAGGGUGCUUGGUAAAAAUAUAAUAUAAACGAGGAAGUGAUGUUAUAAUGAGGUCCUAGGGAUGGAAUUUGAACUGAAAUAAAAGGAGAGAGAUAUUGCGUCCCACUUGAAGUAAUGAGAAAUAUGGUGGAGGAUCAUUAUUGCUACGAUCUAAUGGAGCGCUUCUGUCCACUUAUCUUCGUGAAUCGGGUUACGCGG